GAUUAAUGAAGUCGGCGAGUAGAAAUUAGAAAAGGAGAAAUCCAAGUUUGCUUGAUUUCUCACUCUCUGAAUAGAAGAACCCUAGUGCUGAAUCCUUGCUUUUCUUUCUUCAAAAGUUUCAAUCUUUCUGGUUUUUUAGGUGAUUGCUUAAAAGGCCUCUGCAUUUGGGGUUGAAAUCCAACCUUUUUGGGUGUUUGUUGAUGCUAAGCCCUGAAGAAUGCCCACCACUUGCUUGAUGGAAUGCCCCAGUGGGAAAAUCAAUCUCACAUAAGCAACCAAAAAUUGGAAUUGGAAUUGAGCAUAAGAAGGAGCCGCCAAAGUUGUAGGUAUGGCAUUGGAAGAUGAUGUGAUUUCUUCUCUGCUUUCGGUUCCUGGUGAACUGAAUGAGAAGCCUGACCAGCUCUACAAGGAGAUUGCAACUAUUCCUGAAGAUGAGACGGUUUCUGCUAUGCUUUCUGCAUCUAAUAAUAGAUCAGAUAAGAAGGACAAUGAGCCCUCCCCGGAGGAUGCCGCAUGGGCGGACUCCUGCUUGGCAGUAGAUCCCAAUAUGUCAGAAGAUAGUUGGGGUGCCUUGAGAGAGGCCUUGCUAGAGACUCUGAAUGCUGAUUCCACCUCCUUGGAGCAAACUGGCAUGGAUUAUUUUGACAACAAUGCAGAUGACCUUGAACAUGUUCCAGAUAACGAUGAAGUAGAAACCUCUGUGGUUCACAGCAAGGAAAUUCAUGUAUCUUCUAACAUGAUAAAAGGUGACACAGGUGGAGAUGAAGAAGGAAAUCCCAAUGUGGAGGAGUUUGUGGAGUCACGGGAAACUAUUUUUAAAGUGUGGGAUUUGGAGAUACCGGACGAAGAGGAUGAAGAUGAACUCAUUCAGCAGUUGAACAGGCUUCUUUCAGGGAGCAAACUAGGUCCAUCACCAUCAAACUCGAGCAAUCCCACUGCGGUUCUGGAUGAAGUGAAGGUUGAUGAACUUGUGACUAGUAUCUCUGAUUUAUCUCUGCAACAAUCCUCUGAUUGAUGUGGUGAGCCAAAGACAUUGGGUUUUUGGUUACUUGUUCUUAUUUGUACAGAUAACACCAGACCUGAUUUCCUUUAAAACUGUUUGUUUUCAAUUGUGUUAGCAGUGGAGGUAUUGAUCAUUUCUAACA